CUUUGAAAUACUAAAUAUUUUUUUAAAUAAAAUGUUUAAAAAUAUUUCUCUAUUUCUAUUAUGUGCAUUCCUAUUCGCUGUUACGAUUAGUGUGGUGGUGAUAGAGAAUAGAUGUAGUUUUGGCAAAUUCGGAAAUAAUUGCUCCGCAGAUUGCGACUGCAACUUGAAUGGAUCAACUGGUAAUUGUUCUUUCUGGGGACAAUGUAGUUGUGUUGAUGGUUACUGGGGAUACAAAUGCCAAAGAAAAUGCGAUAGUCAUUGUCUUUCAAAUAAAUGCGAUGUUGAAUGGGGUGGCUGCAUAUGUAGAGAUUUUAGAUAUGGAAUGAAUUGCGAUAACGGAAAACGAAUAUUCUCUUCGACAAUAGUGAUAUCUCUGGCAGCAGAAGUUAUGCGCCUCAGAGGGGAGUAA